GCGCAAUGCUAAGGCACCUGCUCGUCCAAGAAGGUGUAGACGAGCGACGCAUCAAGAAACUAGAGGCCAAGGGGAUACGCAACCUGAAGAAGAUGUUCCAGAAGUCCGAGUGGGAGUUGGCUCACAUCAUGGAUCUGUCGGUAGAUGAUCUCCAGGGAUUGUUGCUUCGCAUUGCCGCAAAAGACAGUCCAAAACCUUCGUCGGUCAUGGACAUGUUUAUCAAGAGCGUCAGUUUCCCAUCGUCCCUUCGGACGACCCUGCCCGAGCUCGACAAUGCUCUCUGUGGUGGCAUCCCCACCGCGACAAUCACAGAGAUUGCUGGGGCCGCUGGGAUUGGCAAGAGUCAGUUGUGUAUGCAGCUGGCCGUGCUGUGCGCCUUGGAAUACCACGAUGGGACAGUGUUGUACUUUGACAGCGGCGGCAACUUCAGUGCCAAGAGGUACCCAUCUCCAUCCUUCCAUGAUGCCAUCAUUGCUUAGGUUCAUGCAGCUUGCCACCGAACGAAUCUCACCGCAACAGUACUCAACGGACGUCCUGCGCAAGUCCAAGGUAGAAGCCAUCGCCCGACAAGUCCAAGUCGUGGCGGUGGAGAACCUCGAUCGCCUUGAAACAAAAGUGCGGGAAUUGACAGAAAGCAUGCCACUUAUAAAGAUGAUAAUCAUCGACUCCUUAGCCACGUUGGCCAAACAUAGCUCGACAGACAUGUCUGUGGCUACCCGCCAAAUGCUGCUGAUGCGUGUGGCCAGUGUUCUCAAGCUCUUGGCCUCAACGUACGACGCGUACGUCAUAACAACCAACCACACGACGACCCGAAAAGACCAAAUGGGGCUAUACUCACAGCCAGCGUUGGGGCUCGCGUGGUCGCAUUGCAUCACAAACCGAGUCGUCCUCGAGAAGACAAGUCCGAGUACGAAGGCAAUGACGGUGCACAAAGCAGCGGUGGCCGGACCUGCGUGCAUCCCGUACAUCCUCACAAAAGCCGGGGUGCUACCGCCAGAGGGGGCGGUGGGGGUCCCGUGCGUGGACGACGACGAGUUCCCUUGGGAUGCAGCGAUGAUGCUGGGCGAUUUCGAUGAUGCUCAAGACGAUGGUUUUCGUCUGCAUCCGGUCCAACAUGCUUCGCAACGAGACAGUCAAAGUGGUGGCAUCCCACCCGACGACAUUGCCAGUCAAGAAGAAAUGGUGGCAGCCACCCCUUCCGACGACGAGCAAGUCGACACCAAAGUUGAACAUCUUGCAACGGAGUUGGGCCAACUAGAAGACAGUCGACAAGCAGCGAGGGACAUGGCGUUGAGUAUCGUGGACGACAUCGUCCCUGCAUCAGACGACGAAGAAGAAGAAUGAAUUAUGGGCUCAAAUAUAUAAUAUAUAUAUAGUUAGUCCUAUCGCAAAACCAUUAAUAUGAAUCGUUGCCGUUAAAGGCAAACUCGUGGGCAAUGUCGUGGAAGCUGUCCACAGCGCUGAAAAAGAGCUCGUACAGUGUCCCACCCUCCAGCCAAUCAUCGUCUGCCUUGUCUAUGCUGACGACGACGACGUGGCGAACUGGCUUCGUACGAAUCUUUCGAUGGUCCACGCGGCGUUUGUUGGUUUGGCUCGCAGUGCGAAGUGAUGGGGUUCUGUCCUCGGCAGACUCCACGGUUAUGGCUGGGGGUCGGUGGCGGACCAAGGGGCCACGAUGUUUGGUCAGUUGUACUUCGCCAUCGCUGGCGUUGUUCGAGUCGUCGAAGGCGGGGGCGAGCCGGGUGUAAUCAAUGGUGUAUGUUGACAUUUGCUCUUCCUGUUGGAGGGCCAACGCCAUGGCGUAGUCGGAUCUUGUGUCAGGAGCGUCCGUCGGAUAACGUGGGGCUGAUGCAGCGUUCGACCACAAUGCAGCGCCGACGGCGGCGGAUGUCAACUUGUCGUUGUUGGCUUGAACCGCGGUUUCGUCCAUGAUGUCACGCAAGGAUGCAAAUGGAGCAGCUGGCGUGAUGGUCCAAGGACUCGAGUGCAGGACGGUUGUCAUGAUGUAGAGCAAGUGGAGUUGUGACCAAAGCAACCAAGAAAGGGG